AUGGAAAAGAUUAUGAAGUUAGCCAACUUCUUGAGAGCAUCAUCAUCACUACAGCAUCGGCUACUGCGUAACUUUUUAAGUGAGGUUAGUGCCAGCUAUGAUGAUCUACUCCUGCACAACAAUGUACGGUGGCUUAGCAAGGGCAAGGUUUUGGAAAGAUUUUGGAGUAUCAGAAAAGAAGUACAAGAAUUUCUUAGAAGCCAACAAAGUGCCACCAAAGCAAAUAAGUUUUUAGACUUUUUGGAAGACGAAAAGGAGAUGGAAAAGACAGCAUUCUUAGCAGACAUCACUUUUCAUCUCAAUGCUCUCAAUGUCAAACUACAAGGAAAAAACAACACAGUGUGUGAUAUUAUUUCAUCUGUUCAGGCUUUCCAGAAGCUGGAACUUUUCAAAAAUGACUUGUGGGGAGAACUUCAUCACUUUCCCAGACUUUCCCAGGAGCAUACCAAGGGAAAGAAAGGUCAUCAUUAUACUGAAUUUAUUGAUAAACUGAUUGGCAACUUCAAAGAUCGUUUUGGUGAUUUUUCACUAGGAAGUCUGCUGUUGCUUUUUAUUCAGAACCCCUUCAUGGUUUCAAAUGUAAUCUUGUUUUCACACGAAGCAAAACAGGCAUUCAAAUGGGUAAAUGUUGCAUCAGUUCAAAUGGAACUAAUUGAUCUGCAUGAAAAUAUGAUCCUAAAAGAGGAGAGUGCUCAGUAUGAUUCUGUCACAUUCUGGACACAGAAGGUAUCACACAAUUCUUUUCCUAGUCUGCAUAAAGUUGCAGUGCAUGUUCUGACAAUGUUUGGAUCUACUUACAGUUGUGAAUCUGCUUUUUCUACAAUGAAUUUAGUGAAAACCAAAUACCGCUCUAGAAUGACCAAUGAACACUUUCACCAAUGUCUGAGAUUGGCUGUCACAUCCUUUGUUCCAAAGUUCAAGGACAUUGCAAAGAACAAGAAAUGUAACUUUUCACAUUAA